GCCCCCUGUGUGGUCGUCGCACAUUGUUCAAGAGAGAACACUCUGUAACAGCCUCAUUCACCAUGUCCUCGAUAACAGCAAAAUGUCACUCCAAACAGAAAUCGAUGCGUUCACAAGCGACAUCCUCACCGAGAUCCCCGCCCUCGACAUCAAGUCGUCUCCGAUCUGGGAAGGGUUUCGAUUCAACAGCAGCAUCGAAAGCGGCGUGUUUCGGCUGAAUGAACUCAAGACUCACGAUCUUCCAAUCUUGAAAUCAGAUGUCUUUCAACUCGCCAUUGAAGAUGUUCCCUUACCAGAUCUGUCUACUCCUCCAUCAACCACCCCGUCAGAAUCAAGUGGUGAAGAGUUGGGUCAUAGCGGACCAGAUAAAGACGAGGAAGAUCAACUCGCAAAUCUUUGGAGCCUUCCGGACGUGGUCAAUAGACGGUCUGAACCUCAGCUGGUCAGUUGGGACAACUUCUUGGACGAGGCGCAUGAAGAACCAAAAUCGGCGUAUUUGAGCGAACAAGAGCCCCGAGUCUUCAGUGCCGUUCUCGCCAGCGUCGAGCACGCAGAGACCUCUCGCAUUGUCAAACCAGAUGCGAUUCUUGAUGCGGUAUUCGAACUCGUCAUGGGCCGUGGCUCUGGACUUUUUCGGUGGAAUGAAACAACAACGACAUUUGACUUGUUGUGGGACAAUAUGACUGCCUUGGGUUACAGUAAAGCGCUGCUUCACAAUUCGAUUUCCAUCUUCGUCAAGAUUGGCGUAUACAGCAGAUGGCUACUCGCGAUGUUUCAAGAUAUAGAUCUGGGUGGGAUCAGCCUACACCCUGCGAGACUGGCAUUGUUGUCAGCCGCGAGGUCUACUCUCUUUGUUGUCCACCAAUAUCUAGAGGGUCUCCGAGUGGAAACGAGAUCACUCCUUCAGUUGCACGCCACUAUCGGGAAGGUAUCCGACAUUACUAUGGCCUUGUGGACACUCUGCAACGAGACCUCGACAUGCCGAUCCGAAGAUGUAAUGCUCGGUGUCGUCCUUCAGGAAGCGUUGAAAGCAUCAGCUACACAUCCAGGAAUGGUCCCGAUUCUGCGACUGGUUUUCAACCAAACACUCCGCCCACGCCUGAUUGAACUUGGCAAUGAGAUUGGUCUGGACAAUAAGCUGCCUUCAGUUGAAACGGUGGACGAAUUUGAUGGCAAGAUGGAAAGCGCCUGGGAGAUAUUGCUACCCCCCGAUGUCUGCCAGCUCGCAUCUCAGGCCAAACACAGCCUGCAGCUCCUCAGAAUCUAUGCAAGAGACUCUGCUCUCUGUUUUGGGCUACAAAAUACAUCGCAACUCGAAAUCUGGCUGCAACCAGUGCAUACAUGGAGCGACAUUGGCCGACUCCAAGACGUCUGCAACAGCUAUGAGACGACCAUGAAAACCGCUCUAUGGUCUCCAGCGAUGAACCAACCAGUCAACUCAUGUCUGGCCGAAGAUAAUGCUGGACAGCAAAUGCAAAAUGGCCCUUUUCAACUCGAUCUAAACCUUUUCCAACCUACGACAUGUCUAAAUCGAUCGUCGUCGACGUCAGACCAGUUUCAUGACAUCGUCACCGAAUACUUGACAGAUGAACACACCAAAACCCCAAGUGCACUGGAACUUGACUUUAGGGACUCUUUAGUAUUCUCCCUCAAGCCCGUGAUCUCGACCCAGCAUCGACUUGUGUCAUUCUCUGUUCUAGACCUGCUAUUCGAGUCGCACGAUGUAUAUUCCCACAUCAAGCUUCAAAUGGACGUCCAUAUGUUUCGGAAUGCCGAUUUUGCACAGCGACUAGGCAUGGCACUCUUCGACCCUGAUCAAGGCAGUGGAGAAGGUAGACGACGCCAAGGCGGUUCAACCGGGUUACGUCUCCAAGAUCGUGGAACUUGGCCACCAUCGAGUUCCGAAUUAAGAGUUGUGCUCAUGGGAGUUCUCUCUGACAGUCUUGCCUCCUCCUCCUCCUCCUCCUCUUCUUCUUCUUCUUCACGCAACCAGACCCACGAUGAGACUAUAUCCUUUGCCAUCCGGGAAUUGACGUAUGAAGAGCUGGAAAAAUGCCGCAAGGUCGACUCGGUCCACGCACUCGACUUUCUCCGGUUACAGUAUCGGCCAGCUAGUCCCGUGCUCGAGACUGUUCUAACAGUUCCAAUUCUGGACAAAUACGACCGCAUCUUCCAACACCUUCUCCGCCUCCUGCGAGUUCAUAGUGUGACGCAGCGACUGCUCAGAGACAAUUUCCAUUCCAAGGACAAAGCCCAGUAUCAGUUAGCAGAUCAGAGACUGAUUGCUCAAAUGCAUCAAUUUGUCACUGCUCUUGCAGAUUACACUCACAAUUCCGCCAUAUACUCUGCUUGGACCAAACUCAGCUCAACCCUUCAAACUGUCCAUUCCCAUAUCCGGAACAGAAACUAUGAACGAACCUUGGAAAUGGUGAAGAGCCAUGACUACCUACGUGCAGUCCAUGAAAGGACGCUUGACACGAUCCUCCACUCGUUGACACUAAAGACCAAACAAUCUGAAUGUGUGCGGAGACUGUACGAGGUAUUUGACGUGAUUUUGCAAUUUGCGGCAUCCCGACGGAAACAGGAUAUGUCAAGUAUGGCGAAUAGCGAAUUAGGUAUGAGUAACGAGACCCCGACGAAACGAUUUGACGAAGAUUUCCGGACCAAAGUAGUCCGAUUUAUGGAGGUGCUGCGAGAACAGGCACAAACGGCGGAGGAGUCUGUAAAUAUAGAUAUAUGGGGAGGGUCUGUUGAAGAGUCGCAUCACCAAGAUGGAAGAGUGAAUCUACUCCAAAUGCUGCUCCUCCGCCUCGACAUGACGGGCUACUGGAGUCGAGUAAGAUGAAGAGGGCGAAGAGUAGUAAAAGACAGACGAAGUUUGUAACAUUAAUCCA